ACGGCGUAUGCGCAGACGACGUUGUUACCGAAGCGAUACGAGACGCUGCCUCUGGGUCAUGUCCGUCCUGCAGGAUGGCUAGCAGACCAGCUUCAACUCCAGAUCGACGGCAUGGCGGGCCACGAACAUCUAUUCUAUCCAUACGUCAUGGAAAGCGACUGGAUCGGCGGCGACUCCGCCUAUUCGAGUCUUGAGGAAGCCGGCAGCUACUGGUUUAAUGGCAUGAUCCCAAACGCCGUGCUCGGCAACAACGACGAGAUCCUGCAGAAAACAAAGGAUUUCAUGAACUACGUGCUCGAGCACCAAGGAGACGACGGCUGGCUAGGACCGGAGGCUAACAACAAUAGGACGCGCUACUUGUGGGGACGCUACCCCUUCUUCUUCGGCGCCAUCCAGCUCCUCGAGGUCUUCCCCGAGUACACCGACCCCUUCGUCAGCGCGAUGUACAAGUUCGUCCCGCUCGCGAACCAGAUGCUGCGCGACGGCGAGGGCCUGGAGAUCUGGACGAACACGCGGUGGGAGGAUUUUGUGAUGGUGCUGGAGUGGCUGUACGACUACCAUCCAGAGGGCCAGGAAGACCUCCUCCUUGAUACCAUCGUCCGCCUCCGCGCGUCCGGCGUGCCUUGGGAAGAGGUGUAUAAGGAGGAAAACUUUCCCAAAAUUGAGGUCGACAACCUGGAGAAUCCGACGGGCUAUGAACUGAGCUGGCACGGCGUGAACUUCGCGGAAGGCAUGAAGGCCCUGCCGGCGAUGUAUCGCGUGACGGCGAAUCAGUCGGAGCUCGACAGCAUCAGCCACGCUUGGGAUAUGCUUUUCGAAUAUCACGGUAGACCGUCGGGGAUGUACUCGUGCGAUGAGUACCUGGCGGGGAAGGAGGCAACGAGAGGGACUGAGCUCUGCACUGUCGUAGAGACCAUGUACUCGGCGAACUACCUAUACCAGGUCACAGCGGACGCGAAGUAUAUCGACCGGGCCGAACGCGUUGCAUACAAUGCGCUGCCUGCUGAGCUCACUGGAGAUAUGUGGCACCGCCAGUACAACCAGCAGCAGAACCAGGUCGCAUCGAAGAAUAUGACACCCAACCCCUUCUACGUCGAUGGACCGUACGCGAACGUCUUCGGGCUGGAGCCAUACUACCCGUGCUGUACCGUCAACCAUCCUCAAGGUUUCCCGAAAUUCGUCUCCCACUCCUUCCUCAAGACCGUCGACGAGACGGCGCUUGUUGAGGUCUACCACGGGCCGUUGACUUUGAGCACUACUCUUGGAGAUAACACCAUCAGCAUCACCUCCGACACCACGUACCCUUUCAGCGACUCCGUCUCUCUCGCCGUCGACGCCUCAGCGCCUUUCACCUACUACAUCCGUGUCCCAGAUUGGGUCGUAAAUGGUACGGUGGCGACGAAUGGUGGCGCGGUGGAGGCGAUACAAGCAAGUGGAGGCUUGAUGAAGGUGGAGAUUCCAGAGGGAAAGACGACGCUGGACUUGGUAUUCCCAGCGGAGAUCACGACCGAGGACCGUCUGCACAACGCCAUCGCCGUCCACCGCGGUCCGUUGCACUAUGCAUACGACAUAACCUACAACACCUCCACCAUUCAAACACUUUUCCCCGCUGAGCCGCGCGCCAGCGACCUCCAACUCGACGCCACCGGCGCCUGGAACUACGCCAUCGACCCAUCAACGCUCAAGUUUGUCAGCGAUGAGGCCAGCGGAAGCCUACCCUCACCCAUAUUCGACUCGAACGUGCCUCCGGUGUAUAUAACUGUCCAGGCAUGCCCGAUUGAGUGGGACACGGCGGGAGAUACGUUCGCUGCGCCGCCUCCGGAGAAUCCAGAGUGCAUCGGAGACGCUGUGGAGUUGAAGUUACAGCCGUACGGGGCUACAAAGCUCCGCAUAUCAGAGUUCCCAGUCGUAAGUCUUUGAAGGGACAUAAUCGGUCGACGGCGUGCAAAGCUGGAUAUCUUGUUUAUGCUUUGGCAAACUGCAAUAGUGCAGUUUUGAUUACGAGAGUGAAAGUGAAUAGUAUGGAUCAAUGAGUAGGACUAGCGGAAGAAUCGCGAUUGUAUGAGUUAAGUCGGUUCGCCUCAAAAGACACGACAGCGAC